CUGUUCCUCUUCUGCUGCCGGGAGCCGCCGUGCUGCGCCGGCCUGCGCGUUUUUAGAAAUCAACUCCCCAGGAAAAAUGACUUUUACUCUUAUGAACCACCUUCCGACGAUCCUCCCCCAGAGGCAGGAGCGUCCUUGUGCCUCCAGCUCAAGUCUGGUGCUCAUUUAUGCAGGGUUUGUGGCUGUUUAGGCCCCAAAACAUGCUCCAGAUGUCACAAGGCCUUUUACUGCAGUAGGGAGCAUCAGACUCUGGACUGGAGGUUGGGACAUAAGCAGGCCUGUACACAAUCAGGUGAUUUGGACAAUACAGUGCCUGACCACAACUUCCUUUUUCCGGAAUUUGAAAUCAUAAUAGAAACAGAAGAUGAGAUUACACCUGAAGAUGUGGAAAAAGUAGAUGAAUCAGAGAUUGUAGGGAGCAUGGGUGAAGUCCCCGAGGAAGAAUUGGAUUCCAUGGCAAAACAUGAGUCCAGGGAAGACACAAUUUUCCAGAACUUUAAAACUAAAAUAGCCCAGGAACCAGAACAGAUUCUCAGGUACGGCAGAGGGAUUGCCCCCAUCUGGGUCUCUGGUGAGAACAUCCCUCAAGAACAGGAUAUUCCAGACUGCCCCUGUGGUGCCAAGAGAAUCUUUGAAUUUCAGGUCAUGCCUCAGCUGCUCAACUACCUCAAGGCUGACAGACUGGGCAGGAGUGUCGACUGGGGCGUCCUGGCCGUCUACACCUGUGCCGAAAGCUGUAGACUGGGUGCUGGCUACACAGAGGAAUUUGUUUGGAAGCAGGAGAUAGCAGAUACACCCUAAUGACGCCGUAAAGCCUUAACAACGCUCAUGGUCUCUUAGAACUUGCAAUUUCAUUUUUAGGACUUUAUCCUAAAUAAAGAAAUGAUUAUACCGGAAGCGGCACAAAGAUGUUGUUUUAGGCAUCACUUACAAUGUCAAAUAUUUGUGAAACAUGUCCAGUGACCGGGGAUUAUGGAAAUUUUGGUGAACGUAUACAGUUUUAAUGAUAAGGGACCUAUGUGCACACCAAAUGAGAUGUAAGUCGAAAUCAACACCAGGAUACCAUUUAGAUGGUAUUCAUAGUAUGGUCACAUUUCUGUAAAAAUAAUUGUACAUGUGUAUGUGUGGAGAAAUAAAUCUGGAAAGACGCG